CAACUUUCGGGCAAACGUUUCAAUGUGUGAUUACUGAAUUUCUUUCACUAGGGAUGUCGUAAACGUGUACGUUGAAUUUUUCAUUUAAAAUAAAUAGUUAUAAUAAUAUUUAUCAAUCGGAGCUGUAAAAUAACUAAACCUCAUUAUGGCAACCUUUAAAGAUGAAAAACCGGCCGUAGCGUCAGAUAUUCAUAAAAUCAGAAUCACUCUAACUUCGAAGAACAUGAAGAGUUUAGAAAAAGUAUGCUCGGAUUUAAUCGACGGUGCCAGGAAGAAGAAGCUGAAAAUCUCCGGACCGGUGAGAAUGCCGACGAAAAUCUUACGAAUUACUACCCGUAAAACACCCUGCGGUGAAGGUUCGAAAACCUGGGAUCGUUUCCAAAUGAGAAUCCACAAGAGAGUUAUCGAUUUACAUAGCCCUUCCGAAGUUGUAAGACAGAUUACAUCGAUUAGUAUCGAACCGGGUGUAGAAGUUGAAGUUACUAUCGCUGAUUCGUAAUGUGUUGAAUAAACCUUAUUAUUACUAUU